AUGGGGGCCCCUGGGGUAGAGGGCCCCCACGGCUGCACUGACGAAGCAACAGCAGCAACAGCAGCAGCAGCUGCAGCAGCAGCAGUUUCUGCUGCUGCAGACAUCGGCCCUGAGGCUGUUGUUCCUAUAGACGAGGAUGACGGUGAGGGUGUAGACGUUGCUGCAGCAGCAGCAGCUGCAACAGCAGCAGCAGCAGCAACAGCAGCAACAGCCGAGGAGGAAUCAGAAGCAGCGGAUGCUGCUGCUGCUGCAGCAGCAGCAGCAGCAGCAAAUGCAUUUAUAGCAGCAGCAGCAAGUGGUAAGAGUUGUACAGCAGAUGAGUUGCUGCCUUGGCCUCCUCCUUCUCCUCUAUGGAGGGAGAGGACAGUAGAGGAGAUAUUAGCUGCUGCUGCAGUGCAGCAGCAGCAGUACCAGCAGCAGCAGCAGCUGCAGCAGCAGCAGCAGCAGCUGCUGCUGCAGCUAGGGGAGACAUAUAUAGAUAAGACACUAGGGGGGGGACUACCUAUAGGGAUGAUAGGGGAGAUCUGUGGUGCAGCAGGAAGCGGCAAGACGCAGCUAACUUUGUCUCUUGCUGCUGAAUGUGUGCUGCAGCAGCUGCUGCAGCAGCAGCAGCGGCAGAGACUACUCAACAGCAGCAGCAACAGCAGCAGCAGCAGCAGCAGCAGGAGGAGGGGAGGAGUGGUGUAUUAUAUACAUACAGAGGGAGCAUUCCCUGCAGCAAGAUUAGCAGAGAUAAUACAUAAUCGUUUGCUGCGUCGUACAGCAGCAUCAGCAACAGCAGCAACAGCAGCAGCAGCAGCAGCAGCAGCAGCACUGCAGCAAAUAUAUAUAGAGGAAAUAAAUACAGAGGAGGAAUUAGUCUGCUGUCUUUUGUAUAGAUUACCCCGUCUCCUUAUCUAUAAGGAGACAAUUACUCUUAUUAUUAUUGACUCUAUUGCUGCUAUAAUUAAACAAACUGCUGCUGCUGCUGCUGCUGCUGCUGCUGCUGCAACAGCAGCAAGUGGUAGUACUGCUGCUGCUGCUGCUGCUAUAAGGAAUAGUAAACUUAUACGUAUUGCUGCGCUGCUGCGCAGAGUUGCUGCUGAGCAUUGCUGCUGCUGUCUUCUUGUUAAUCAUGUUACUGCUGUUGUUGAUGAUGAUCCUGCUGCUGCUGUUGCUGCUGCUGCUGCUGGUAACUGGUGGCAGCAGCAGCAGCAGCAGCAAGACAGCAUAGAAAUGGCAACAGAAGAUGCCAAAAGACGGAGGAUCGAGGAGAGACAAUACCAGCAGCAGCAGCAACAACAGCAGCAGCAGCAACAGCAGCAGCAGCAGCAGCAACUGCAGCAGCAGCAGCAAACGAUGAAUUGGAGGUCUAUGGGUGCAGCAGAGACAUCGUUGGAAGCGGCAGGAGGAGACGCAGAUGCAGCAACAGCAGCAGCAGCAGCAACAGCAGCAGCAGUAACUGCAGCAGCACGUGCAGCAGCAGCAGCAGCAGCACCUCCAUCUAAUAUUCGUGCUGCACUAGGGGAUGUGUGGGGUUGCUGCAUUAACUAUCGUCUCCUUCUAAUGCGUCUGUCUCCUGACCAUUUUGCUGCUGCUGCAACAGCAGCAGCAGCAGCAGGAGAGGGUGCAGCAGGUUCUGCUGCACUGCAGCAGCAGCAGCAGCAGCAGGUGUAUGAGCAGCUAGAACGCAUGCGCUGCAUGCAUAUUCUCUUUGCGCCACACCUCCCUCCUGCUGCUGUCCCCUUUGCUGUUACAGAGGCAGGUGUUGUUGACGCGUAG